CCACAAUGAAUGUGGUUGUUGGGACCCUCAUGGCACUGGCGGCCUGCAUGGGCGUCCACGGCCAGUCCCUCGAGUCCCAGGACCUGAUGCACAGAGCUGUCUUGGACCAGGAAGGCAAAUACGUCAUGCUAUGGACGCCGCGGGACGACGACAUCGUCAUCGAAGUGCAGGUGGCGACGAAGGGGUACGUGGGCCUCGGGUUCUCCCCCAACGGCGGGAUGCGGGACGCCGACAUCGUGCUCGGCUGGGUCACGGACGAGGGGAAGGUUGCCUUGGAGGAUCGCUUCGCCACAGGCAACUCGGAGCCAAGGAAGGACAAGUUGCAGAGCGUAACGCUGCUGACGGGGUACGAGAACGACACCCACACCGUGCUGCGGUUCUCCCGGCCGUGGGCCACCUGCGACGACGAGGACCUGGAACUCUCGGGCGACACAGUGCGGGUCAUCUGGGCCUUCGGCAGGGACGACGAGGUCAAGUGGCACGCACGGCGCGGGGUGAGGAGCAUCUACCUCCAGGAGCCGCAGUUCUCGCUCCCGGACUUCGGCGACGAUGUGAAGACGUGGGAUCUCGUCAGCGAUGAUAUUAACCUACCAGAUGACCUACGCACCCUAUACUGGUGCAAAAUUUUCAAGAUGCCCAACAUUGCAAAGAAAGCCCAGAUCAUCGGGUACCUCCCUAUUAUCCAAGAGGGAAACCACCAGUUCGUCCACCACGCUGUCCUCUACGAGUGCAAUCUGCCAGACAGCGCUCGUCACUUUGAGAAAUGGCUGGACGUCAAGGGCGCACAGUGCCACAGCGCCAGCAUGCCCCUGUCCUGGAAGCGGUGCACGAACCCGCUUUUCGCCUGGGCUGUCGGCGGCGACGGAGAAAUGCUGCCAGACCACGUGGGGUUCCCGAUGGGGGAGGAGCACGGCGGGUCGACCUAUUAUCUCAUGGAAAUGCAUUACGACAACCCCAACCUGGAGACAGGCGUGGUCGACGCGUCCGGAUUGAGGCUGUUCUACACCGAGAAGCCGCGGCGGUUCGAGGCCGGCUCCAUGAUCGUCGGCCACGGCCUCUUCAGCCACAUCAUUCCUCCGAAGGCCGACAGGUGGCUCUCCGUCGGCCACUGCAUUGCCGAUUGCACCGGCGAGAUGAUCCCCGCCGAAGGCGUGAAGGUGGUCCAGGGUUUACUGCACUCUCACCUGCUGGGGAGGGAACUCUACCUCCGCCAGAUUCGCGACGGAAAAGAGCUGCCGAUGGUCUUCAGCGAUCGCAGCUAUGACUUCAACUACCAGCAAACAAGGGUCCUGAAGGAGGAGAUGACUAUCCUACCUGGGGAUUCCUUUAUCACGGAGUGUGUGUACGAUUCCAGUGACAGAAGCGACCCAUCCUUUGGCGGCUUCGGCAGCGACGAGGAGAUGUGCCUGGCGUACCUGACGUAUUACCCGAGAACCAACAUCUCUACCUGCACCUCCAACCCCUCCAUGGCCGUCCUUCUCGAGUCCUUCGGCAUUGAUGAGAUCUAUAAAACUGGCAAUUUCCUGGAAGAGUUUACAAAGAAGAUGCAACUGGACGAGGAGGCGGAGGCUCGCCUGGCGGAGGAGAUGAAGAGCGAAAACUACACGGCCAAGAUUCAGGCUAUCGAGAUCUCCAAGAUGCUGUACGGCGUCGUUGCGAAGUCUCCCGAAAAGUACUACAACACGUCUCUCUAUGAAAUACUGCACGACGAAGCGACGUGGAAGGACAGCAUGCUGCUGGAGCAUUUCCAAAGGGAAGUCCAAUCCGGGAACUUCACCCCGUCCUGCUUCGCCACAGACUUCACGGAGAGGCUGCCGAAGGAGAAGAGGGGGGCCCGAGCCUACCCCUCAUUCGAAGCGCUGAAGCCAAAGCUCCCUUGUGGAGCUUUAGAGGACGAACCGACUCAGCCAGUCGACCUCGGCGAAGACAACAAGAGGGACGCCGGUGACGUCAUCAUUAAAGAUCAACCAGAAAACGCGAACCGGGCGGGAGAAGGCAUGACAGAAAACGCUAAAAUGAUGCAUCGUGCUGUGCUUGAUCAGAGGGGAGACUAUGUCAUGUUGUGGACGCCUCAGGAAGAGAACGUUAUCUUCGAGGUUCAGGUGGCGACCAAGGGGUACGUGGGCCUCGGGUUCUCCCCCAACGGCGGGAUGACGGGCUCGGACAUCGUGCUCGGCUGGGUCACGGACGACGGAGAGGUCAUGGUGCAGGACCGCUACGCCACGGGCUACGAGACGCCCAAGAUGGACGAGUCUCAGGACGUGCAGCUCCUUUCGGGAUCCCAGAACGACACCCACACAGUGCUGAGGUUCUCCCGCCCUUGGAGCACCUGCGACGAACGGGACUUCGAGCUCUCGAGCGACACAGUCCGGAUAAUCUGGGCCAUCGGCGACGACGACCCGGCGAACGAGGGGAGCAUCAGCAGACACGAGCGACGAGGGACGAAGAGCAUGUACCUGAAGGAGCCUCAGUUCGAGCUGCCUGCCUUCAGCGACGACGUACAACACUGGGAUGUGUUGUCUCCGAACGUGUCUCUUCCAAGCAACCUCUCGACGCUCUACUGGUGCAAACUUUAUAAAAUUCCUCCCAUCACUCGCAAAACGCAUGUCAUUGGGUACGUGCCAGUCAUUCAGGAAGGGAACCACCAGCAUGUGCACCACAUCUUGCUCUACGAAUGCCAUAUGGAAGACAGUGCUCGUCACUACGAAAAGUGGCUGGAUGUGCAAGGUGCCCAGUGCUUUGGCGCCAACAUGCCCCUCUCUUGGAAAUGGUGCACAAGCCCUCUUGUGGCUUGGGCCAUUGGAGGCGACGGCGAACUGAUGCCAGAGAACGUGGGUCUCCCAAUUGGAGAAGAACACGGAGGCGCUACGUACUUCAUGAUGGAAAUACACUACGACAAUCCUGAUAAGAAAGCAGGUGUAGUAGAUGGCUCUGGAAUCAGGGUCUUCUACACGGAGAAGCUCCGGGAGCAUGACGCUGGCAUAAUGAUGAUUGGGCACAUGGUCACGCCGCUGCAGAUUGUUCCGCCCAACGAGAAGUGGCUCUCCGUCGGCACCUGCGACUCUAGCUGCACAGACAAGGAAUUGCCGGAAGGUGGAAUUAAGGUUUUCCAGGGAGUACUUCACGCCCAUCUCCUUGGAAGAGAAAUUACGGUCAGGCACAUACGCGGUAGAAAGGAACUGCCCACAGAGCUUAAAGACAACAGCUAUGACUUCAACUACCAGCAAGUCCGUAAACUGAAGGACGAAAUGACUAUUCUUCGCGGUGACACUUUGAUCACCGAGUGCCAGUAUGAUGCCACAAAGAGAAACGUCCCCACUUUUGGCGGCUUCGGAACUGAGGAGGAGAUGUGCCUGGUGUUCCUGACGUACUACCCCCGUGUGGACCUCGCCGUCUGUUCCUCGCAGCCGAACAUGAGUGAAAUUCUCGAAGGCAUCAAUGUUGAGGAUCUGCACAUCAUGGAGCAGGUUCGGAAGAGUUUAGAGGAAGGCGGACAAACAGUCGACGAGGAAGCAGAAACCAGAAUGGCAGAGGACAUGCGAAGGGAAGGCUACGAGCCUAAACUCGGUCCUGUGCUAAUGUCGCACUUGUUACGCGGCAUGAUUGCAAAGGCUCCCGAAAAGUACACCAAUACUUCACUCUAUGAUAUUCUUCAUGACAAAGAAACCUGGCAGUCUGACGUUGUUGCUAAAUUGCAAGAGAAUGUUGAGCGAGGCGACCACCUCGGUUUCUGCUUGCCGCGUCAGAGUGGCCGCAGCCGCGUAGAAUCCAAGGAAACAAUUGCAUACCCUGAAUUCGAGGUCUUCAAGCCAGAUUUAGGGCCCUGCGAAUCACGAAACCAAGAGUCAGCUGGUUCUCUCAUGCACCGCGCCGUCAUGGACAGAGAGGGCAAAUACGUCAUGCUGUGGACUCCAGGAGAAGAAGAUAUUGUUUUUGAGGUCCAGGUGGCGACCAAGGGGUACGUGGGCCUCGGGUUCUCCCCCAACGGCGGGAUGACGGGCUCGGACAUCGUGCUCGGCUGGGUCACGGACGACGGAGAGGUCAUGGUGCAAGAUAGCUAUGCCACAGGUUACAGUCAACCCAUGAAGGAUGAACAGCAGAACGUGAAGCUUCUGGGAGGAUAUCAGAAUGACUCCCAUACUGUACUGAGGUUUUCCAGGCCUUGGUCCACGUGCGAUGAACAAGAUUUCGAGUUAUCAAGCGAUACGGUGCGAGUAAUUUGGGCCAUCGGGAGCGAAGACCCGGUCGACGACUUGAUGAAGAGGCACGACCAGCGAGGCACAAGGAGCAUUUUCCUGAAAGAACCUCAGUUCGUCCUUCCCACCUUCAGUGAUGACGUACAGGCAUGGGACGUUUUAUCUCCAAAUGUGACUCUUCCAAACAACCUCACAACGUUGUACUGGUGUAAACUUUUCAAGAUGCCACCCAUCACACGCAAGACGCAUGUUAUUGGGUAUGUACCAAUAGUCCAGGAAGGGAAUCACCAGCAUGUGCACCACAUUUUGCUCUACGAAUGCCACCUUGAGGACGGUGCUCGUCACUACGAAAAGUGGCUGGAUGUGCAAGGUGCUCAGUGCUAUGGCGCCAACAUGCCCCUCUCUUGGAAACGGUGCACAAGCCCUCUUGUGGCUUGGGCCAUUGGAGGCGAAGGGGAAAUCCUGCCGCAUAAUGUUGGUUUCCCACUUGGUGAGGAACAUGGUGGUGCCACAUACUUCAUGAUGGAAAUACACUAUGACAAUCCAGAUCUCAAGGAAGGUGUAGUAGAUGCUUCUGGGAUAAGAAUUUUCCACACGGAGAACUUGCGUGAGCAUGAUGCUGGAAUUCUGACGCUGGGCCAUGCUGUUUCCCCAAUGCAAAUCGUGCCUCCCAGUAGGAAGUGGCUCUCUGUUGGUCACUGUGAUUCUAGUUGCACAAAUAAGGAACUGCCUGACAGUGGGGUUAAAGUAUUCCAAGGUUUACUUCAUGCUCACUUGCUUGGAAGAAAACUUUUUUUGAGGCAAAUACGUGAUGGAAAGGAGCUGCCCAUUCAAUUGAAAGAUGAAAAUUACGACUUUAACUACCAGCAGUCCCGAAUAUUGAAGGAUGAAAUGACAAUUCUUCCUGGAGACUCCCUAAUUACCGAGUGUUAUUACGAUGCCUCGAAACAAAAUGCUCCCAGUUUUGGCGGUUUUGGAACAGAGGAAGAAAUGUGCCUUGCCUUCCUGAGCUAUUAUCCCCGUGUUAACCUGUCAAUUUGUGCUUCACAACCUCACCUAGAUGAAGUUUUGGAUGGCAUAGAUGUGGAGGAAGUGCAAAACAAAGAUGAGAUUAUGAGCAUUUUGCUGGACCAAGGGCUGGACCUAAACCAGGAAGAGGAGACUAAACUUGCUGAAGCCAUGAAAGAGGCCGGCUACAAACCCACAACGAAGAAAAUUGAUAUGUCUCAGAUUUUCCACGCAGUGACCAUCAAAUCUCCUGAAAAAUAUGCCAACAAGACCCUGUACGAAGUCUUCCAUGACAAAAACACGUGGCAAGAGGGGGUAGUCAAUCACCUGCAGAAGGAGGUCGAACGUGGGGAGCACCUUGCCUUCUGUUUACCAAAGAAUAUCCAGAGAACUACUACUGAGGAAAUUAGGUAUCCCAAAUUUAUGGCUCUUAAACCGGAAACGAAGUCAUGCAGUAAAAAUCAAGCCAGCCCCUCGGGCGCCGCGAGCUCCCUUCCGCCCAUGGAGCUCAUGCACCGAGCUGUCUUGGACCAGGACGAAGCCUACGUCAUGCUGUGGGAACCUAAGGACAAAGAGAUCAUCUUCGAAGUUCAGGUGAGGACGCAGGGCUACGUGGGCCUCGGGUUCUCCCCCAACGGUGGCAUGAAGGGCGCCGACGUCGUGCUUGGCUGGGUCGCAGACGACGGAAAAGUCAUGCUGCAAGACCGCUAUGCCACAGACUACACCACGCCCAAGAUUGACAAAUCACAAGACGUGGAGCUUCUGGGAGGAUACCAGAAUGAUACCCACACUGUGCUGCGAUUCUCAAGGCCCUUGGACUCUUGUGACGCCGAUGAGGACCGGAAGCUCACGAGCGACACCAUCCGGCUGAUCUGGGCGUAUGGGCGAGAGGACCCUGACGAGGAGGGCGCGGUGAAGAUGCACGACGAGCGAGGGACAAAGAGCAUGUACCUGAUGGAGCCGCGGUUCAACCAGUCGGCUGUGGGCGAGGACGUGCGCACUUGGGAAGUCAUGUCUCCGAACGUGACAUUGCCGGACAAUUUGUCAACACUGUACUGGUGCAAGAUGUACAAAAUCCCUCGCCUCGCCCGGAAGAACCAUAUUAUUGGAUACGUCCCAGUCAUCCAGAAGGGCAACGAGAAGCACGUGCACCACAUGUUGCUGUACGAGUGCCACAUCUCGGACAGCGAGCGCCAUUUCGAGAAGUGGCUGGACGUGGAUGGCGCCCAGUGCUAUGGCCCCAACAUGCCGGUGUCUUGGCAUAAGUGCAAUGCGCCUAUUAUAGCGUGGGCAGUGGGCUCUGAAGGCGAAAUGUUCCCCGAGCAAGCCGGCUUCCCGCUGGGCGAGGAGCAUGGCGGGGCCACGUACCUCAUGAUGGAGAUUCACUACGAUAAUCCCACCCUGAAAGAAGGUGUGGUCGACGGCUCCGGCCUCAGGAUCUGGCACACCGAGCGCACGCGCGCGCACGACGCCGGCGUGCUGCAGCUGGGCCACCGCGUGACGAGCCUGGAGGUCAUCCCCCCCAGGAUGAACUGGCUCUCCGUCGGCCACUGCAGCGCCGACUGCCUGGCGGACCGCCUGCCGGCGGAGGGCGUGAGGGUGUUCCAGGGCGUCCUCCACGCCCACCUCCUCGGCCGCGAGAUCUCCCUCCGCCACAUCCGCGACGGCCAGGAGCUGCCGCCCGUGUUCGCAGACAAUAAUUACGACUUCAACUAUCAGCAAGCACGGGUCCUCCAGGAGGAAAUAUCAAUCCUGCGCGGGGAUUCCUUCAUCACGGAGUGCCGAUACGACUCCAGAAAGCGCAGCCGUCCCACAUUUGUGAGUACUUGCAAUGCCUUGGGACAUGCGAGUGCCACUGCCACUGGGCGUCCCAAGACAUUCUCCGAAACAAAGAAUAAAAGGAUAAACACGGGAAAUCUCUAA